GAAGAAGGAAGACACCUUGAUUGUGAGAACAAAAGCAUUAGGAGGACUAAAGAACAACAGAUAUUCCUUUGAGAGAACAGAGCGGUGUAAAUCACUGAGAAUGACUUGUGGAAUCCCUCCAAACUCUAGCGUGAGGCAUCUCUUCUUCGCCGACAUCACGCAUUGUUUGGUGGGACAAAGAUCACGGAUAAGGCUUGAUUCCAACAGUGUCAUUUCUUCAGGCUUCUGAACUGGAAUUCUACCAAGUGUUGUUUUUUUCUCGGGCCACGAAACCGUUUGUCACAUGGUGAGAUCCUUGAAUCGGGCGUUUUUUCAAAGGGGAGGAAUCUUGCUCGCUCUCACUCUCUCCCUGUAGUGAUGAGAACGGCGAGCAUGUUGUGUGCUGAAGUGGCGUGGAAAGCUCUCCGUCUCAUUCCCUGAUGAGGGCUGCUUUCCCUGUAUCAGCUUGCCAUUCUUUUAGGAGCCGGACAACGAGUCAGCAUUAAACCUGCUCUAAACUUGGAGACAGAUCACUUUGCUCAGCAAACUUGCUUUCUUGGUUCACAUUAACUAAACUCCACUGGUUUAAUUUUUCCCAGUGGUGCUGUUGCAUUCUGGGAAACGCAUUGUGGGAUUGCUUAAAGAGGAUCAUGGCUGCCUCACACCUGUUUUUGAAUGUGCUUACUGCCAUUUUACUUUUGAGCUACGUUUCUCAAGGUCAAAAAUCCAACACUGCCAGCACAGGUGUGCAAGCCACCAAUCGGACGGCUGCUCCGUCUGGUGCCCCGGAGGUCACUCUUGCGACCCCGGGGUCAGAUGCAGACGAAAUCCCGUCAGUUGGGAGCCGCUGUUGGGGUUACUACGAUGUAAUGGGCCAAUGGGAUCCUCCAUUUAACUGUAAUGCAGGAAUAUACCUGUUCUGCUGUGGCUCCUGCUACUAUCGAUUUUGCUGCCAGUUCAAGGUUCACAGCCUGGACCAGACAUCUUGUUCCAAUUACGACACACCGGUGUGGGCCAACACAGGCAAGCCGGCGGCUCCAGUGACCGACGUCCAGGAGGAACCGGAUCGAGACCGCACUCACAUGAUUGUGUACAUAAUAUGUGGAGUGGUGGCCAUCAUGGUGCUGGUUGGGAUCUUCACCAAAUUGGGCCUGGAAAAAAGUCAAGGAGGACAGACGGACAUGACAAACUCCAGGGCCCUGACGGAACUACUGAAACAGCCAGGCGAGCCCGGGGCUGUGGACAGAGGAGGCGGCGGCCACCACCCUAUGGGAUCCAACGGCAUCUCUGGCAGGUCAAUGCGCACCAACAACGGUGAGUCAGAGUUUCAGAGUCUCUGCUGA